AUGGGAAAUUGUUUAAAAAGAAACUAAACCUAGUUAUAAUAAAAUCAAUAAUGUCCAAAAUGUCAUUUAGUAUUUUAAGCACAAACAAGUGCUCUUCUAGUAAGAAUAUUAUAAUAAAAUAGUAUUAAUAACAUGUUACGAAUUGUAGAGUUAGACCAAUUUAAAAUCAACCUGUUUAAUCUCGUAAUUUGUUAGUUGGAGAUGUAGUUAUCGAACCGAACCAUCAUCCUAUUCCUAAUCCAAAUCCAAAUCCAAGAACCACUGUACUAAGAUUAUUAUUAUAAUUUUAAGCCUCAUUAUAUAUAGGAUGAUUUUCAAAAUAGAAAAUAAAAAUAUUAUUGGUGCAAAGAAUUAUUACCUGGGUCCAAGAUCAAAUAUAAAUGGAACAAGAAAGUAAGUCAAACAUUAUUUUAACUCAGUUAUCUCCUCCUAUGCCAGCAGCCAAUGUUUCUGAAAUGUUAGCUUUACCUUGGGUACAAAUAAAAAAUUCUGAAUUUCCAAUCAAAUAAACUUGGUUUAGAUUAUAAUUAGAGAAAAAAAGAAUACCAUGGUAAUAAGGUGCAGAAACAUUAUCUGUAAAUAAAGAAAGUUUUUUAAUGACUACAUUGAAUAUGUACAAAGAGAUUAAUUGGCACAAAGAAGUCAAGGUUCAUAUUGAUGGUGAUAAAGUAUUGGAUGCAGGUGGUCUUUUAAGAGAAUGGGCUAAUUUAAUAAUGAAAGAAAUUAUACAUCCAGAAUCUGGUAUGUUUUAAUUAGCUGAUUGUGAGGAUGUAUCUUAUAAAAUAAAUUGUGAAGCAGAUACAGAUGAACAUAUUAUAGAUUGUUUUAAAUUAUUAGGUAUUGUAGUAGGUAAAUGUAUUUUUGAAAGAAUUCCUUUAAAUAUAUAUUUUGAUAGAUCAAUAAUUAAACAUAUAAUUGGUUAACCAAUAUUUUUGGAAGAUAUUUAUUAUUAUGAUCGUUAAGUAUAAAUAUUAAAUUAUUUUAGUUAUAUUAAUCAUGGGAUUUUUUAGUAAAUAAUAAGUUUGAAGCAGAUGAUAUUUCAGAGUUUUUUGUUAUAUAUAGAUAAAGUAAAGGAGAUUACUAUGAAUUAAAAAAGGGAGGAUAAACUAUUUAAUUAGAUAUGGAUAAUUGUUAAGAAUAUGUUAAUCUGUGGUAAAUAUAUAAGAAAAUUUAGCAUUGAAUAUUAUACAUAUAUUUCUGUGAAGCCGUUUUUGACUGCUUUUUUAUCAACUUUAUAUAGUGUAUUAAAUUAAUGAUUAAUGUUUAGAUAAUUCCAAAAUAACUACUUAGCUUACUUGAACCUUUAGAAUUAGAAAUGAUCCUUUAUGGAACUCCUUUCAUUGAUAUUAAUGAUUGGAAAGAUAAUACUGAUUACAAAGGAGCUUACUAUAGAACUCAUCAAACAAUUUAAUGGUUUUGGGAAAUUUUAGAAUAACUUGAUUAAUUUAAUCUUGCCAAAUUUUUAUAAUUUUGUACUGGAUCAACUAGAACACCUGUAGAAGGAUUUAGAAAAUUAGAAAGCAAUAGAGGAAAUUGUUCUAAGUUUUGUAUUGAAAGUGUACCAUUUACUAAGGCUAAUCCUUACCCAAAAGCACAUACAUGUUUUAAUAGAUUAGAACUACCAAUGUAUGAAACUAGAGAAGAGAUCGAAUCAUAUUUGAAAGCAGUAAUACAGGCUGAUAUGGAUGGAUAAUUUGGAAUGGAAUGA